AGACAGGAGUACUGGAGUAGGAUUAGACAAGACAGACAGAAAUACUUGGUGACGGGAUUAAAGUGCUUUUUAUUUAAAAAUACGAAAAUUUACAUUUAAUUACAGACUAUUAUUAAAUUUUUGAAAUGAAUGACAACGAAAAAGAAGAAGCUGCGAAUUUGAAAGAGGAGUUUGAAUGGGUUCUUCGUGAGGAAGUUCACGCUAUAUUACAUCAGCUCCAUUCAGUCUUAGUGGAAUGUGCACACAGAUUUCCAGUACCAUUAUAUGGAAAUGAAGGUCAAAAACAAGAUAAAUUCAUUUUAACAUCACAACCUGAGCAGUUAAAAUGUAUAGUUACUUUAACUGGUGACAGCAUAACUCAUGCAGAUAUUAGUUUCAAAGUAUUGAGACAGAUGCACACAAUAUGCCGGACAUCAAUUAAUCAGGAUGGGCCCUGGAAGUUACAACAGAUCCAAGACGCAGCUAAUCAUCUUCAGCAGGCCAUUGGCUAUAUUGAUAAUGUGGACAAACACUAUGUCUUUAGAUCCUCAGAGGAAGUGUUACACAUUAUACAAUGUUUACUAGGCUCGUUACAAAGAGCUCGCACUGCCCUAGUCUUACCAAAGAAGAAAGCAAUAGAUGAGCUCAUGAAGAGUAGGAAUAUGAAGGCUCUUUCACCUAAUCUACCCGAAGACUUGGCAAUAUCAUUCUACAUACAGUCACACAAAUUGAUAUUUGUAGCGUAUCAGUUGAGUUCUGUUCAUGGAACUAUGCGUAUAGACUCAUGCCAAGCAGACUGUGCAGUGCCUUGGCUAAGUGAUGUCCUAUUCAUGUUGACAGCUGCCUUGCACAUGUGUCAACAGCUUAAAGAUAAGCUCUGUGUCUUCUCUCAAUAUAAAGAUUUCACCGUUGGAUCAAGAUCUGCUUCUAUGAUAUUAAAUUAAACCAACUAAAAUCAACUUUUACACUUGUCAACACAGUUUUAUUGUCAUCUCUCAUUAUUCGAAUUAAACUAUUUCAAAUUCUUCAAAUUCUCUUAUUUAUUAUAAUGAAGUAUUCUUUGAAAUAAUUAUUUCACAAAGCCAAAUAAAAGCAUUAUUGUGAAGACUUUGUUGAUGAGUGUAAAUAUGCAUGUAUUAAUUUAAUAUAUAGUUAUUGAGUCCAUUGUUGAUAUUCUUGUUGACUUUGUUGUAAUAUUUGUACCAUAAUGUAUAUUUAUAAUGUUAAUAUAACAUAAGUAUAUUUAGUAAACCAUGUAAAAUUUAAUUCAAUAACGUUUCUGGUGUAAAAGAUGUGUUCCUGGUGUAUUAUAAAAUUUAUAUUUUGGUCUAAUAUUUUUUAGCAUUUAGAUUUUAUUUAGUUACAGUAACUAUUUAUUGUUUAUUAUUUAUCAGUAUUUGAAAAUUUCUGUUAUUAUGAAAAGUUUAUAGAUGUUGCAGGUAAUAACAGAAGAGUAACGGCCUUACACAUAAAAGUUUAGUUAAACAUUGAUUUAUCCCUUUCUCUCCUUCUCUUU